AUGACUCUGGUACUAAAUAAUAAUAUCGCCAUUACAACCACGACGCCGUCUUUAACGAGACCUAUUCCAAGUCCUGGGCCCUUCUCAUCAAUGAGUGGAAAUCAACCUCGCAGGUGCUCAGAAGACCGAAGCAUUUUUACUUAUUCCAACGCGUAUCCUAUCCCACACUGUGUUCACAAUAGUGGAAAAUUUGGGGUACAAGACAAAGACUUUAAUUCAUCAGAAUGCGACGUAGCUAUUCUCGACGACGAUGCGCUAACGUCUUUAAUUCUCGAGAUGGAAUUAGAGCAACUUAACGCUUUACCCGAACUUCAAGUAGUUAAUGCAGAUUUGACAGACUGUACUAUCAGGAGAUGA